GCUCGAGGGGGGCUGGGGACAAGGGAGCCCUUUAGUCUUCGUGAGCAUCUCCUGCCUGCUCGCUCUCUGCUUGUUUAUAAACAGCUUCUGCGGUAACUCAAAGGCUGGCACCUCUGAGCUUCUCCUGCAGCCUUCUAGGUAAGCCCGUUGCUUUCCUCCCUCCUCCUUUCCUGUCGGCACUAUUAAUGUAAGUUUGUUACCGGUUUACUCCCCCUCCUCCCCCAACCCAAAAUAACUCUUAAAACUAUAUGCUCACUUUCUUCAAGUCUGAUGUAUGGGUAGAGUCAGUGAUUGCUGUAACCCUGUAGCGUUUGAUGGAUGCAAAUCCCUUCAUGCACUCAGGAGGGCAGAUGAGUGGGAUACGUGAUUAAUAUUUAGAGCAUUCAGACAAUCUGUUACUGUAUAUUGUAAAGCUCGUGGCAGUCACAGUUGCAGAUGAGGCUACUUGACUGUUACCCAAAGUAGAGUGCAUUAGUAUAAUGACAUUUGCAAAUACUUUUUACGUGAUGGAAAAGUGUUAAAAGGACCCAUACUGACUUUAAGGAUAAACCCUUCUCCUGAUGAAGGGUAUCAGCAUACAAAGGCAACUAAGACACAUUCUCCUUCCUUCAGAUGCAAUAAUACAUCAUGUUAUCAUCCAGCUGACAGACUGUGAUCUGGCAGCUGUAUAUGCUUAGACCUGCUUGUUUUGCGGUUGUGUUUGGUGUUCUUUGUUUCCCCAAGAGUGUAGCAGUAAUCAUAAUGGAUCCUUACUUUCCUGGAACUUCCCAGGAAAUUAAUCAAUGUAAAAGAUUGCUGAGAAAUGAUAGAGAUGCUUUGGUUAAUGUUCUAAUUUUAAUCACUUAUUUUCCUCGAACCUUUCAAUUGUUCACAGCUGUUUAAUGGUAAUUUUACUUGUAGAAAUGUCUUGUGUAAAUGUUAUCAACAAACCAUUAAGUACUCAUUUAAAGAUACUUCUACAAGUACAUAAUUAAUACUUUUAUGGAGUGUUGGUAAACCACUUACACAUAACAUUCUGAAACUUCCAGGUAGCUUGGCCUGUGCUUGCAGGUGAAUUAGCUUGUUUUGGUAAGUUUCAGCAGAAACAGCUCAGCCACUUUGGAUUGAAUAGAGAGUGGAAGGGAGGAAGGAGUGCUUUUUAUAUUUCUAAAGAAGCUGUCAACCCAUAACAUCAUUAAAUUAAUUUGAAUGACUGCAGACAGAGUGUCUAGGGAUAGAGAGUUGUAAUGUGGUAUGAAAUCAAACCAUCUUGUGAAGUGUCUUUUUAACAAUGGAAAUUAGUUUUGACUUGGCUGAAACCUAUCUCAUUAAAAACAAGUGCCAUGAACGUGAAUGGUUGCUUGUGUUUUUUAACUAUAUGGUGAAGCAUGCACAGCCACAUGGGCAUAGGACAUCAUCACGUAGUAAGUAAUAAGCAGUAAGUAAAUGUUCCCCUAAUAUUUUGUAAGUUGUUAUGAUAAAGCUAAAGCAUGGGUAAAAGUAAGUUAUCUCUGUAGAGAUUUUCUUGCGUAGACAGGAUUUUCCAGAAAUUUUUAUUUUUUUCCUUUUAGUUUCUUAAGGACCAUUCCAAAGUUGAUAAAUUAUUUGAAUUAAUACUACAGAUCUCUAUUUUCACUUUUUCAUAUCUAUAGAUCCCUCUAUCAAUUCUUGUUAACUUAAUUUAAAAUGUUCUGUUAAUAAUUUUCAAAUAAUAAAAUAAUUUAUUACCAGAAGAUGAUAAAUUAGAGAAAAUCUCCCUCUGAGAAAGCUUAGCAACUAGAGGCCAGAGAAGACCUUUUCCUUUUGUGGAGGCUAUAGACAAGUAUUAAACAGUACUGAGAGAUGGUAACUUUUCAAAAUAAAUGUCAAUGUAAUGAACAUCAACUUCAUGUUGACAUUUGUCAGGAUAUAAAAAUGUGGUGAAGGACCAGUUCCGUCUGGGGUAUGAAGAACUACUGGUUUGUAGAUUUGGUUUUGUUUUGUUAAAAGACUAAUAUUCCUCAUUUUCUCUGGCAGGAAAAAAAAAAGGUGAGAGGGGGAAAUAUUUUUAAGCUUUAUUUGAGAAGAACUCUUGAUGCUCUUGAUGACUUGCCUGUGUAAAGAAGCAUGAAAUCUUGGACUUCUACAAUACCAUUUAAUAAGCAGACAAUAUUAUUGUUGAAGAUUAGUCAGAUGCCUUCUGUCCAUUCCCUGCCUCACACGCUAUGUCAUGCAAGCAAGCUUUGAUACACUUAGCAUAUAAUUUAAAUGAAUGACUAAUUUGGCAAGCAUAAUGGAAGGCACGCACACUAUCCUUCAAUUGCACAAACCCAUUAUGGAGCUUUGUUACGUCAGCUUUUAUCUUCCAGAGGGAAAAGUCAGAGGAUUUACUUACAAGGGCUGUGUAACUCUGGAUAGAACCAGUAAACGUUUUUGCAAUUGCUAUAAAGUACAGGAGCGGUCAGAAAUGGAGAUGAGAGAACAGCCAUAUGAAAACUUUGGAGAUAUUAUUUUCAAGCAAACUACAACGAAAGACAUUCUCAUUGAGCUGUACAGGCUAACUGCUGAAAAGGAAAAACUGUUAUCCAGUCUUUUGAGAUCACAUCAUAUUCCAAGCCUUGAUACAGGACAACAGGAGGGAAAGCAACAGGCUGUUUCUGGAGUCCAAAAACAUAGAGGAGAUGACUACUCCAGUUUUACAUAUCGUCAGGAAUUCUUUCUGGAUUCCACAAGUAGCGACAAUUUUAAUUGCAAAAAAAAGAGUAAAUAUAGAAAGAAAGAGAGCUUUGAGGAAUUCAGGCACUGGAAAGGGACAAAAAAGGUGCAUGAACAACAUCCUUCUUUGCUGAUUGGGCAAGGCAUACAUCUGGGAAAUCAGAAGAUGCCCCCCACAAGGUUUCCUAUCAGGAGUUUUCCCAGUUCCUUUUCCGCAUCCAGUUGUCUAAUAGUAAAAGGUAAGGAUGACUUACCACUAGAAAUUGGUAUUCAACCAGAAAGAGAGAGAGAAGAUGGGUAUUUUCUUGAAAGCAACAAAGUUAUGAAACUGGAUGCCAACUUACCGAGUUGUGUAUCAAAAGACAGCAACGAUAUGGUUCCGGUUGAACUAUUGGAUAAUGGAGAAUGCAUUCUUGAAGUUAAGAAUGUACAGCAGAGUAUCGCUUUGGUAGAGCCAUCUCAGGACAAUCUAUCUAACCAACUAGAGACAUUAAGUAAACCUGCAGCUGCUAAAAGCUUGAAAGAUAAAUGUACUGAGCAGGUAUGCAAGGAGAAAGCAGCAAUCGGAGUUGUUGUGAAAGUGCAGGAUUCAGAAGCUUGUCUUAAAAAAGCCACACAAACCCAUGCAGAGUCUUUAUCUGAUUUUCACAAAGGUAAAGAAACCGCUUCUCCCAAUCUCACAGCAGUACCUAAUGAGUUUAUAUCAAGAACUGAUGUAUAUUCGGUAGAUGAAGCUGCUGGAGACUCUAAAAACAGCGUGCAGCAGGAAGAGGAGCGAGACGGCUCUGUUUUGCAGUACAAAGCAGAGAGAGUGCACAUUACUGAUGAGUCAUGCAACCCUGUGGGAGCAGUCAAUAAAGCUCUUCUGAAAGUUAUACGGAGUGACAGUUUAGAUGAAGCUGCAGAAUGGAAGAGACUGCAACAAAUUACAGCAGCAGACAGAAACCUGCCAGGCUCAAUAUAUGAGAAAAGAACCACGGUAUCCCGGGGAAGCAGCAAGCAUUUAUUUCUGAACCUGCCUGUAAGUGAAGGUCUUGAUGUUUCUCAGACAGGUAAUAAUCUUAAACUGGAAGAGAAAAGGCUGCAUUCACCCUCGUUAAUAGCUGUGAGUAAUGUUUUUAGUAAUUCCUAUCCGCUAUCUAAUACACACAAACAAAUGUCACCUAUUCCUUCUCCAUUAUCUUCAAGACUGCCUAGCCCACAGCUGCAUCAUCGGAUUCUCCCUCUACCUGCACAGAACGGCAAGGACGAACCUAUGUUCGGUGACUAUUGCAGUGGGAGGCACGGUGCUAUAAACCUCUCUUUCAAUGAUUUGGAGCCGCAGUUUUAUCUGAAGUUUUCUGAACCUGGAGAAUUGGGAUUUGCCAUCAGACAACCGGGCCUACAUCAGAAUGCAACUGCAGGGCAUUUUGAAAAGCGCACUCUACAAGGAAGAUUCACUACUCGGACACCUCAGAAUUUCUGCCCAGAGACUGCUUUUAAGGAUGACUUCACUGAACGACUGACGAAUUUGGAUGUGUCAAACAGAGAUGAAGAUACAUGGGUUUUGGAUUGCAGAUUGGGGCAGUCAAGUGAGAAGGAGAAGAUCAACAGAAAUGUGUUGCAUUUGAGCCUGGAACUGAACCCUGAUCUGAGCCCCUCAGAGCAAGAUGACAAGACUCCAGGGAGACUCCAGACUGUCUGGCCACCACCGAAAGCAAAUCAUGAAGAAGUGAAAGUAGGAUUGAAGUACACAGAAGCAGCUCACCUAAAGCUUUAUGAGGAAGGACCACCAGAGUACCAAGCUGCCAUUUUGCAUUUAAAGAGGGAACACAAAGAGGAAAUUGAAACAUUAAAGUCUCAGUUUGAACUCAGGGUAUUCCAUAUUCGUGGAGAACAUGCUGUAUCAACUGCUCAGCUUGAGGAAACCAUUGCACAUCUGAAGAAUGAACUUGAUAACAAAUUAAACAGAAGAAAUGAAGAAGCAAAGGAUAUUGCUGUUUCUACUGAAGAUGAUAACCCACCAAAGACAUACCGAAAUGUAUGUAUACAGACUGACAGAGAAACUUUUAUAAAGCCUAAUGAAGAAGAAAACAGAGCUGUGAAAAAUAACCAAAUAGUACCCAGAAAGCUUAAUAUUUCUUCUUUGACACAUUGUAUUUCUUCCCAAAGUGAAAAUAAGGACAAUUACAAUAUACCAGUUUCAGAAAGUGUCUUAUCUUGUCAACCAAAACAAAUGCUGCCUCCUCCACCGCCACCACCACCUCCUCCGCCUCCUCCUCCUCCUACCUUUCCUGAUUCUUCACUACCAGGUUUAGUUCCUCCACCACCACCUUUGCCAACAGGUUUGACUACACCGACACUUCAGUUUGGAUCUGGGCCACCACUGCCACCUCCAGUUUCUGAAGGCUGUAGAGAUUUUCAAGUGCCAUCACCACCACCACCUCCACCGCUUCCAGGGCUGGGACCUCCUGUUGCUCCUCCACUGCCUGGAUCUGGGUUACCUCCACCCCCUCCACCCCCUGGCCCUGGGUUCUUUUUUAAUAGCACUUUAUCGUCAAGUCAAGGUCCUCGGAAACCUGCCAUUGAACCUAGCCGUCCAAUGAAGCCUUUGUAUUGGACACGGAUACAAUUGCAAGGCACCAGGAAAACUGCUAUACCUACAUUAUGGGAAUCUCUAGAAGAACCUGAUAUACUUGAUACUACUGAGUUUGAAUAUUUGUUCUCCAAAGACACCACUCAGGAAAAAAGAAAACCAUUAUCAGAGACUUAUGAAAAAAAAAACAAGGCCAAAAAGAUUAUCAAAUUGUUGGAUGGAAAACGAUCUCAAACUGUAGGAAUUUUAAUAUCCAGUUUACACCUGGAGAUGAAGGAUAUUCAACAAGCUAUUCUGUGUGUUGAUGACUCUGUAGUAGACCUGGAAACACUGGAAGCGCUUUAUGAGAAUAGAGCACAAAAAGAUGAACUGGAGAAAAUCAAGCAAUAUUAUCAGACUUCAAAAGAGGAAGAACUGAAGCUUCUGGACAAACCAGAACAAUUUUUAUAUGAGUUAUCUCAGAUUCCCAACUUCACAGAACGAGCUCAGUGUAUUAUCUUCCAGUCAGUUUUCUCUGAAGGGAUAACAUCAGUUCACCGGAAAGUUGAUAUCAUUACUCGUGUUUCCAAGGCUUUGCUGAACAUGACAAGUGUAAAGGAAAUUUUAGGUUUGAUUCUGGCUUUUGGAAAUUACAUGAAUGGUGGGAAUAGGACUCGAGGUCAAGCUGAUGGAUUUGGUUUGGAAAUACUUCCCAAACUAAAGGAUGUCAAAAGCAGAGAUAAUCGUAUUAAUCUUGUGGAUUAUGUUGUUAUAUAUUACCUGCGCCAUUGUGAUAAGGAAGCAGGAACAGACAAGAGUAUUUUUCCUUUACCAGAACCACAGGAUUUUUUCCAGGCCUCCCAAGUUAAGUUUGAAGACCUAAUAAAAGACUUAAGGAAACUGAAGAGAGACCUAGAAGCGUCUGAAAAGCAGAUGAAGUUAGUUUGCAGAGAGUCUUCAGAAGAGCAUCUCCAGCCCUUCAAGGAGAAAUUAGAAGAAUUCUUCCAAAAAGCUAAAGAAGAACGUAAAAAAGAAGAGAGCAGUUUGGAAAAUGCACAAAAAUACUUUGAAGAAACAGUGGGAUACUUUGGGAUAAAGCCAAAGCCUGGUGAGAAGGAGAUCACACCAAACUAUGUUUUCACGGUGUGGUACGAAUUCUGCAGUGACUUCAAGACCAUUUGGAAACGAGAGAGCAAAAGCAUUUCCAAGGAGCGAAUUAAAGUGGCUCAGCAAUCAGUAAGCAAGUUGACUGCAGAGAAGAAAGUUGAAACAAAGAAAAUCAAUCCUACAGCUAGCCUGAAAGAAAGACUACGUCAGAAGGAAGCCAACGUGACUGCCAACUGAGUGAAGAAAGAUGAAAAUGAUAGUGUGUCUUAAGACUUUUCAUGAUACUUUACUACACUCGUGGCCCAGGGAGCACCUUAUGUUAGCUAUUGAUUUCUGCUUUGCUGAUCUGUUCCAAGACAAUCUACUAAAGAUUUUUGAUUUCCUUCAAAGGAGUUUGUACUUUCAGAUGAAGGAAUUAUAAGAUGUUUUUUACUUGGGAACUCAGAAUGAUUUUCUGUAAUUUUUCCUCACAUUGCUUAAAAUGCAUCUGGUUGUUAAUGGUUAUUUAAAGUACUCUAUAUGUAAUGCAAUAAUAUGGAAAAGCUAAAAUGAGAAUUUUGGAUGCUGGGUUAAGAAAUGACUAACAACCUGUAGGUUAUUUACAGGGCUUUGUGUAGAUUAGAGCGAAUAUGCCAUUCAGCUCACAAAGGACUAUUACAUAAUAUUUUUUUGUUUACUUCAUCAGUAAGUAAUUUUACAGUGUCUUGAGUAUUGGAUGCACCUUUCUAAAAUUGAUUAAAUAUAGUUAUAGAUUUAUUCUGUAUUUUACUAUAAAUAUUUUUAUAGAAGCCUCAGCUUAUGCCACACAUUGAAAUGUAAGCAAUAUUUUGCACAUGAAAAGGAAUAGCUUCAAAUUCUUUAGCUGUAUGAUCAAUGGCAUAACUGAUUCAUUAUUUUUAUGGUUUUAAUCUAACAUUUCCUAAAUUCUGAGCUCCAAAAGAAAAAUGAUUAAGAAGUAUAUUUUUAUUUCAGUAUGUAUUGAAACUACCAAUUCCAUAAAAUGAUGUCUUUGUUAUUCAUUGAACUAAAAUAUAACAGUGUGUCUCCAUGAAGUUAUACGCUUGCCAUUUAAUCUCUGGCUUUCAAUUCUAUUGAAAGCUUUCUUUUAAAAAAUUAAUAAGACCUCUCUAACAUAUAUUUUGCAGCCUGAUCUUGUCCUGCUAUAUUUAUAUGAAGAAUGUAUCCAGAAUAUAUAUAUUAUAUAUAAUAUAUAAUUUUAAAAGUAAAACUUGAGGAAGAAAUAAGUUUGCUGUCAUCCUGUAACAUUGUAAUCAUUGCCUGUGAAGUAACAGAGCCUGAAAAAAAAAUUCACUGAACAUCCGCUGUUACUUCAAGAUUCUUACUGCAUUUUAAGGAUUCAGACUCUUAGAAGUAAAGAUCUUGAAGCAGGAGUUAAUUUAACGUAAAACAGAAAAUUGAUAGUUAAAUACAAGCACGAUAAUGGCUUAUAAGUAGGAAGAACAAACUGGAGAAAAUAUGCUUCUGCUUUUGUCCAUAAGAGAGAAAUCCCCUUCUUUAUGAUAAUGGUAUCUGAAAUUGGAUAGGAAGAUAAAUUAGGUAAAGAACAAAGUACAAAAGAUACUGUAGGGAAAGCAUUAGUGCUUUGAUGUAGUAAACAGAAAGGAUACACAUGAGGCAAUUUCAUCAAUAGAAAUGAACACUUGUUGCUCAGUUGUUGGUGAAUGUAGCUUGAAGAUUUCAUAUAUUACAGGUUUCUUAAAUGAGUCUAUCAUUCUUGCAUACAUAAAAAUAAGGGAAUCAAUAAUGCCCAGUAUGUUUUGGAGUUUCUAGCUGCUGUGAAUUAUGCUUACACUUAAGAAGUGUAAGCAUAAUUCUUAUGAAAACAGUCAAUAAUAGACCAACAAAAAUAAACUAAGUUUUAGUUCCAUUAUUCCCAUUGCAGAAAAAUAAAUUACAAAGAUUUAAGUUUGGUUCUAUGAUUCCAAGUUUUCUGUCUUCCACCAAAUAGAUAAAGUACAUUUAUGUAUUUCCAAUAUCGUCAGUGAUAAACAGGAGCAAUAAUGCUUGUAACAACAAAAGAACAAGAGCAAGCAAGGCAAUUCUGAUGAGUCUUUAAGCAAACAACUGUUGAAUUUUCAUAUGGUUUCCUAUCACGAAGAUAGUGUAUAUUGCAAUUUGAGUUAAUUGGGAAUUUUUCAAUAGAAUGUUUUAUUUGGAAUACUAAUCAACAAGAGUAACACUGUUUCUGAAAAAGGAUUGAUCUUAUAAAUUCACAUUAAAAAUAUAUUAUGGCAAGAAGUUUUUAAAUUAUUGAAAUAGCCUGUUUUGAAAUUUCUACAUGUGAAGUUUCAUUUUUCAGUUCAAACUGACUUUUCAUUUUGAAAUGUUGAAAAAUGUAUAUAAAAAGGGAUUAAAAUUAAAAAUUUUGAUGUAAAGCAUUCCUUGAUCAGAUUUAUAACUUUUUUUUUUUUUUUUUUUUUUUUUUCAGAUUAUUAACUAGAAAAAGUUUUUAGGCUAUUUUUCAGAAGUCUUCAAAAUUUAUGUAGCACAGAGGCAUUAUUUCUUCCUUAUCUCCAGUUGUUGCAACCUUUCUCUCAAGAUGGAGGUUUAGCUUACAAUUUCAUCCAUGACUUAAAUUGUCUACUAGUAGUUACACUGUUUUUAAGUGAAGUAGAAAAAAAGUGCAUCUAGAGCAUCUGACUCAUUCUCUUACUCAAGCCUUUAAGACUCUUGGAUGGAAUUAAUCAGCUAAAUAUAGCACUGACACCCCUACAGGUACCCAGAGGUGUCAUCAAACCGUGACGAAUGGUAUACUUGCUGAACUUAACUAAACUGUUGUAUUAAAGAAGAGAUAUUAACAGAUAUUACAUACUGUGUAAACUGUUAAAUUAUGAAAUGCUUAGGUGCUACAGAUGUAACAAAUAGGCAUCAACCAGCAUUCAUCUUGAGGUUACCAAGUGUCACCAAAAGUUAUGUUUUAAGCUUAAAUUUAGUUUGGUGCCUGACUUUACCUGGAUCUUUCUAAUUUGAGGAGUGAAGAAAAGGAGGACAGAAAGGGAAGAGAAAGAAAAUAAAAAGACAGAAGGGAACAGAAGUCUCUGGUAAAUGUCUACAGUGUUGUCAAGGAAGUAAAAGUAAAGGAAGUAAAUGGACUAAAUUAAGCCAACCAACUGUAGAAAGGCAGUUACCAUUUUCCAAGCUAGUUAAUUUAAAAUACCUCUACACAACAUGGAAUUUGCUUCUGUGACCACAAAGUAGAUCUGUCUUGAGAAUUUUUGUUUUGCUUUGUUUAUUUAUUGUCCUAUUAUUGCCAAGCUUCGUACGGUCUGUUAAGCAAAGCACUAUUAAAAUCCAUGUUGCUCAGUAGGUGCUUAUUACACAAAAAAUGGUAUGUAUACCUUGCUAAUUUAUAAACUGGAUUAUCAAUUUGCUAACAAAUUAAUUUACCAAUGAAUUAAUUUACUAAUUAAGAACUCAAUUUAGGUGAGUAAAUCUCUAAUUUGUGAAGUGCUGUUUAAUGUAUUUACAAUAUUACUACUUACUGAUAGUAAAAUGAACGAAUUUUUAGCAUCUUUGAGAUAUUUUUACAGUACAAAUUAUAUUUUCAUGGUGUUUUUAUUAAUCUAUGAGAACUACCCCAGUGUUUUGCCAUGACUUAUACGUAUUUUACCAUGUGCUUUAUUUUAAGGUUGUAAGUGUAAAGCUUGAAUAAUAUAUAUACUUCUGUAUUUAACUUAGACAUUUUUCAACAAAACAGAAACUGUGUGUUCUUCGGUUUCUGUACAUAUGGAAAAUGAAAGUCCAGUGGUUGGAAUAUUCAGAAAGCAGAGAGAAAAAUAAUUGAGCAUCAGCAGUUCUAGGAAGCUUAUACAAGAUCUCAAACUUUCUGAAUUGCUGAGGAUAUUCCUCUAACAGCCAGGGUAUCUCUGACCAGUCUAAUUGUUUUCUACGUAGAACAUGAACAAAAUAUUCUGUUUUCCAUAUGAUGCACAGGAUUCUUACUGCCCUGAUAUUCUAGUAAAUUGAUAGCAGUUUCUUUCUCUGAUCUAAACAUCUUUCCUACCAGAUGAAUAUAAGGCAGUGGAAUACUGUAUUUAUAUUGAUAUGAUGGUGCCUUAAUCUUAUGUGGGUGUGAAAUUCCUGAAAAACCCCAACAAAUAAGAAAUAUAUAUCUCAUUACAGGACUGAUGUGUUUUUGAAAAUAUUGCUCUAUAAUCUGUGCUUAGGCACCAGGCUGAUAUUAAAGUGUCAGAAAAUCAUAUCCAUGUAUUUUUUGCUUUUUCGUGGCCUUGUCUGGAUCUUGUUUAAUUUUGUUAUGGAUCUCACUCAUUAUUUAUUCAUUUUAAACUCCUUUAUACUUUAUUAAUUUAUGAUAAUGGGUUUCAGGAUUUGCUGUCUGGAGAGUUCUCUUUGGUUUUUCUCUUAUGAAGAUAAGCCUAUAUAUUUGCAUAUAAAUGUAAAGAUAGUAUGUUAAGAGAUAACUUGAUUGUAGUCAAUAAGUUGCUUCAAAGAGGGACAGUAUUAGGAACUAAGUGGCUCCUUGAGCUAGCAAGGAAAAGUAUCACCAAGAAAAAAAAAAAAAAAGUCUGAAAAUUAAAAACAGAAGAGAAAUAAAAAUUAGAAGUAAAUUCCAAACUGUUAGUAAUGAGCCUAGUUAACCAUAGAAAGAAGUUAGGAAACGUAGUUGUGAUUUCUCCAUUCUUCUCUGGUGCUUUCAAAUCAGGAUGGACAAUCUUUCUGAAAGGUUGAUGUAGUCUAAUGCAAAUUACUGGACUUAGCUCAGAUGUGCUAAGCUGAAUCCCAUGUACAUUGACUUUCCAAAUCAUAUAGUCCCUCUUGACAGAAAAAUCUAGAAGUAUGUCAAAAGACCCAAUGAAACAAUAUUUAUUUUGUCAUCUUUAAAGGAAAUUAUUCAUAUCCAAGCAACUCUUUGCUGUGAUUUUGAAUUUAAAAUAUCACAAAUAGUGUGGUGUAGAACAUAAUGCAAGAAAUGAUUCUCAAAUCACCAAUCUAAUACUGAGGAAAUACAAAGCCUUUUCAUACAAGCUGUUACAGUAAGUUCUUAUAUACACAAGUAAUUUUAUGUAUAUGAGUAUUCUUGCAAACCACAGUUAAAAAUACCUGUAGAGGACAUUAUGGGGUCGUGGAACUGAACAAAAUCUCUUUCUGAAUCUUGUCAUGAGGAUUAUCCUGAGCUGUCCCUGUAUGGGAUGUGGAUUUCUUUUCUGUGGGGUGGAAUCUGCCUCAACAGCUAACUGGAGUUCUGGUAGCUUUUGGAGAAUGGAGGUUGUUUGCAUGGAAUAUUUGCCAUUGGCCAUCAACUCCUAAAACCACAGCUGCUAUGAAGUGACACUGCAGUACAAUUCCCUGAGCCAAGAUUGCCCCAGGGACUGCUGGAAGGGGGACUGGAAAAUACAGUCAAGGGAUAUAUACAUUUUCAAAGGGGAAAGAGAUCAUAGUUAUAUUUCCAGAUUAAAGUAGAGGCUAGCAGGCUCUUCCAAAAUAGCAGAAUUUUUGUAUAUAUUCUUUAAUGAGGCUAUAUGGAUUUUCUGAAACGCUACAUUCAUAUAUGAAUUUAAUUCUGUGCCUGUAUUUUUGUUUUUAUUUUCAUAUAAUUUAAUAUGAACAGGAUUGUGUAUAUUUUCUUACUCUUUUAGUGUGCUGUGACCACUGAAAGGUUGACUACAGUGAAAACUGUUGAGAGAUCCAUUAACAAGGUGCCGACACGCAGUUGCAUUUCAGGUUUCCAUGUAUUGCCCUGAGAGGAAUCUUCAUAUUUUCCUAAAAGAAAAAUUUUUCCUAAGAAAAAUUUAACAGCCACACCACCUGAGUUUUCAGCCUCAUUUAAUCAUAAACAGGUAGUUUUAGCUUAGGGCAAAUGAUGCUGCGAAAUUUUGUCAUUACUGAUAACUAUAGUUUUCACUGCAGUUACAAGUUAGCUCGGGCACAGUAUAAUCCUGAAGAUGAGGGUGGGAUGGUUUUGUGAUUCCUAAUGAACUGUAAUGUACUUGAUAAAAGUAAAAUCCUUAAGAGCAUUGACACGGCCUCAGAUUCAUGUACGAUAUUGACUCUGGCAUACAGCAUCCUUAUAGGUUAAGAUACAGUGACUUUAAGGAAGAGGAGAUGCAAUAUCUGUUCACCAUUUGAAAGUCUUUCUUUAAUCAUUUUUAGAAUCUGCAGCAAAAUUUUGGUCAAUCUUCUGUGACGUGAAUUACUCAUUAAAAAACCCAAAUGAUACAUUUGCUUUCUCCCAGAAGGAUGAAGCUUGUAGUUCUAAUUUUUCACUUUCUCAUUUGGCAUGCUGUAAAUACAUUCCAUUAUUGCUGGGCAAAUGCUCAUCCUAUGCAACUGUUCAGAGAUAACAUGUUACAGAAACUGCAUAACUGUGUAGAAAUCAAAAAAUGUGAUUUUAUUUCCUGCUGCCUGAAGCAUCUAUAAUCAGUAAAUUAACAUAUUUAUUGUAUGGCACCUGCUGCUUAUUUCUUAGCCAGUUGUAGUUUAAGGAAUAUAUUUCCAUUAGCAGCUAAUGACUAUGCACUGGGUAAAAGCCAUGUUAUUUUUAUAGUUUUUUUGUUGUAUUGUUUUGUUUUACUUUCUUAGAGUAAGGUUUUCUGGUGUGAGUUUAUUUGAGACUAGGUGGAAAUAUACCAUUUCAUACAAAGAAUAGAGCAAGAUCACAGUUCUGUUCUAUACUUCUUUUAAAUCUGACAAGAAGGUGAAGGAACAAACCUGUGUUGUUGUUUUGUUUUGUUUUUCCCUUGUGCAUGAAAACAAUCUUUCUUCUGAUUCCUUUUCAUUCUAGUUGUUCAUUUUGUUUUACAGUCUACCAUGUUUUGGGAAAGCUGUAAAGAAAUUAGAAGGUUCAGGUAUGAAUCUCAUUCCUUAAAGAUUCCCUGUAAUGUUCUAAUUCAACAAACUGACCCGAGGAGCUCCUGCCCUAUUCCCCACUCUCCUUAUUUUAUUAAAAGUAAGGUCGCAUAGUUACAAAACUAGUUGCUAAAUGUCCAAGAAAAACUCAACUAUUGGGUGAAGAGAGGUCAUUUAGCUUCCAAACCACACUAAAGACUUACUCAGCUUUACUGAGCAUGAUUUGAACCUUACUAAUUCACCUAAACAGCUUCAGUUUCAAAGGGUUAGACAAUCAGUACAAUGUUUCGUGCAUUUCUGUUCCUUAUUGUUUUACAUCAAGAAAGCCUGUCUCUGAGUAGGAGGCAGAACUUGUGCAUUUAAUUAUGUAACCAAGGCUUUUGCUCUAUUUUAGACCAAAAAUAUGUGUGAUAUGAGAAUUCUGAGUGUCUUUUGCAUUAUGUUUUAUACAUAUUUUCACUCACUUAUCAAUGGGCCAAAUAAAAGGACUCUGUAACAUACCUGAAAACAAAGAGGCUGGUAAAAAAAAAAAAAAAAAAACAAACAAAAAAAAAACAUUAAAAUAUACAAAGCUCACUCUUUCUAGUUGAUUUUGAUUUUGAUUUGAAGAAAUCCAUCCUCACAGAAUUUCCUAUUAAAGUGUUGGGAUUUUGUUUGUUUUGAUUCAGAGGUGAUUUUAUAUCAGGUAAUCAAGCCAGCUUGUCUUGGACAAGUUUCUAUGGGGCCUUGAGUACUAGCCAGGUGAAAUAAUCCAUGUGCAUACUCAACAGGUCCAAUUUGCUAGCUACUGUAGCAUGAACAGCAUAGUUUCAUCUGCAUAUAACUUGAAAAAGGGAAAAGCUUGAGAGGAUUUUCAGGUGUCAAGUUCAGAAAAGAUGAAUGCAAAUGAAGUGCAUUCUUGUCAUAUUGCACUGGUUUUGAAAUGUCACUGAUAUCUCUUGCAAAGGAAUAUAAAGCUCAUGCUCCAUGUAAGAUGAAACUGGAUAAGGACUUUUUACAGGGAAUAGGGAAAAGUGCUAUUUCUUGUACAAGUCCUCAGCAAAGCUGUGAAUACCCAGCUAAUGGCUGGCAGCAUGUACUUUUAUAGUUUUUUUGAAAAUACAAAUCUGUUAUAAUGGCAAUGUUUUUCAGGUAUAGAAAAAAAGCUGCCCCUGUCCAGGAAAACUACAGGCAAACCAUAUGUACUGUGAGAACAGAAUGAGUAAAAUUUUAAUAUCAUACAGGGCAACAUAAAAAGGCCACAUCUAAUUUUCAAAAGUAACUUCAACACAUUGGAAUCAUUCCGUGAGUCUUAGGCUUCUAAGUGCCCCAGUCUCUUUGAAAAGAUGAUUUAAACUUCAAUGUUUUGAUUUUGAAAAUACAACCUGUCAUUUCAUAUGGAAUACCACUCAGCUAUUACUUUCUGAAGUACAAAGCUAAAAGCAUAGCCAUGUUCAAAUGUACAGGAAGCAAAAAUAAAGAAAGAUUAUUUUGGGAGGAAUCAGAGUUGGCCUCUAGAAAGUGUUUUUAGUAGGAUUAUAGUAUGAUUUUCAACUUCUAUUUAGUUAUUUUGAGAUUUUUUUGUUUUCCUUUCCAAUCAAUUUAAGUUGAAUAGUUGCACUGUUGAACAUUAUUGUUGUUGGUACUCUUCCCUCUCUUCUCUCAAUCUAACUCAAAAACAUCAAAAUAUGGGCCUCUUUGGCUCUCUAACUUCUCUUUGAAGACAUAGCAAAAUGGCAAAUUCUCUUGUAAUGCUAUUAAUAUCCUGUGUGUACCUAGCAAGUUUCACAGACAUAACAAGGUUUAGUCUCUCAUGUCUGCAUGUGAUUUGCUUUAAUAAGAUCAUAGUUUUGCCUUUAUGUUAACACAUACACUCAGCAGUAAUAUAUUUGCUGUCAUUUGAAUUGAGCUCAAUGUUGCACUUUUCAUACCACAAAAUGUACUACAAAAAUGGAAUAUUAGUAUAGUUUAGUAUAUUAUUUUCAGGAAUUUAAGUCCUUUGAGUAGUUAUUGGGUAAAUAUUAUAUAAAUAUGCAAAAAGAAUAAGCUAAAUAGAUUCAGGUGCUUUUUUCUUCUCUUUACAUUGUAAUUACGUGUGUGUGUGUGUGUGUAUGUGAGCACGUGUGUGUGUGUUUCUACUAUGUAACUGAAGGUUUAAUUUUCUCAAAAACAAAAUGUGCAAAUGAUUAACUUUGUAAAAGUUAUUGUAAUGGAACUGAAUAUUUAUUUUUAAACUAAAUUCUUAAGGAACCAUUGUCUGUAAAUAAAAGACUAUAUUUUACUCCUCUA